AUGUUGCGAGCGGCAGCUGACGCCUAAGAAAACAAACGUAAAGAGACGUCUAUAUUUACAUGAGUAUGUACUGGAGUAUAUUAUAUUUGAGUUCUUUUUCUGUGCUGCAGACUCUAUCUGUCCUGCUGCGUUGCCAGGCAACAAAAGUCCACUUUUCAAAAUGAAAUACAGCAGACACACAAAUAGAUAUCAGCAGGCAUCUUGUCAUGCGGCCACUGUACUGGUAGUGUCUGAUGAUGAGAGAACAAAGGAAUGAGUGUGUUCAUGGUUCUGUGUAUCAUCACAUGAAGCCCUCUCCUUAUUUCAAGUAGUCUUUUUCAGACGUGUCAACUGUUUCUUUGUAAACAGACAAUAUUGUCGCUCAUUCUUUUCCAAAAAUUUCAUCCAAACCUGAGUCUGGUUGUUUCCUUGAACAUGGCACCUGCUGCUGGGAGAAAUCCAUGUCUCUGUGGGAGAUGUAGUUUUAGUAGAAAUUAGGUCAAUAAAGACACCCGCCCUCCCACCCGUCUCCCAGCCUCAGCCUAUGCUUCUUUCUCACCCCAGAGCAGAUGGAGCGAGGAGAGUGUAAUCUCCUGCCUCCUGUGGGUCUGUGUGUGUAAUUAUAGUUUACCUUGAUGAUAGUUGGGCUUGCUGAGACUUUCUGUGAUAGUUCAGACCUGUCAAAUAGUAGCAGAUAUACCUUGCUCUCUCCUUUUGAGAAUGUCAACUGAGUGUAGCAAAUGAUUUAUGAGAAAAUGUUUGAGUGAAAUGUGGCACUGACCCAUUUAAUGUCAUACUUGCAGCUCGCAUUGUUAAUGUUAUUGUUGUUGGUCAAUAGGUUGUGUGUGAGUGUGAAUGCUUGUCUGUCUGUUUGUGGCUCUUCCCCUUUGACAGACACAAAAUACAACUUUGCAUUAACUGUCAGUAUUAUCUUCAGAUGAAUAGACAUUUGCAUUGUCAACAGAUUGCCAGGGGUCAUAAAAUGGUUGUCGAGUUUCGUUGUGGACCUUUAUGAUAAAUAGUUGCUGAUGGUCCACAUUGAAAGCUGGUUUGAAGUGGAUGUACCAAACAAAGAACAUAAAAUGAAUGAAAUCGACACAAGUAUCAUAUCAUAUGACUUGAAUUUAAUUUUAUACCAAUAACCUGUCUUCGCUGCACGGGCUGCUUACUAAACAGGGCUAUUCAAAACUGUGGCUCUCCGAGGAUGCAGACAAUGGAUUAAUGUCGGCCCAGGGUUGAGCUUUCUUCCAUGCUCCAUAGAACCGCUGUAAAGCAACAGCCUCUUCCUCAACUCCAGUGCUUCAUGAGGGCAGCACAUACUGUAUGCUCACUGACACAUAUAUAUCCCAUAUAAAUCUUUACUGAUUGAAUGAAUUUGUAACUUUCACUCAAUUAAAAUUGCGCACACACUCAAAAUCAAGAGAUUUUCUUGCCUUAAUUUUUUUUGCUACUGUCACCACAUUUUGCGCUAACAAAAGUGAAAUAUUUGAUGCUACUUUUAGAUGUGUUGGCGUGUUCUUCAACUGGUAAACCCCAUACUAUAUGUCAUGUAGUCGACUAGUCGUUAAGAUCGUCGGAUAGUUGACUAGUCAACUAUCAAAAUAGUUGUUAGCUCUAUAUUUGUAUUUUAUGUCUGUGUGAUUUGUUUGAUGGUGCAUGCUUUGUUUUAAUACAUAUAUUACUUAGAAUGCUGAAAUACUUAUUUGCCGACUAUAAAUCUGUUGAAUUGAUCAACAUAGGGUCUAACAAUCACAAUGAGACUUGUGUUUUAUAAAGAAAACAAUAACUUUGUCAUGUCUAAUAUGCCUAACUCUCUGUUGCUACUAGCCAAAACAUCUGUUUGGCUGCCAACAGGCAAAUUUUCAGCAUGAGUCCAAGACAGUCUGCCUAGAUAAUUGCAGGGUGGAUGAAAAAUAUUUCUUUUUGUUUUUGGAAUGAUGAUGCUCAAUUCCAGAACUGAACAUUAAAAUACACUGUCUAUUCGCUUGAUAUCAGGAACCUAAGAAAACACCUGUGCCUAUGCAGUUCAAGAAAAGUUGGAUAUUUACACAAUCAAUGUCUGAAUUGUCGUAUAAAAAUAUAUAACAUUGUUUUUAAAAAAAAAUUGUUUGUUGAACCUAAAAUCGGAUAAUGCAAAGAAUUGAAUGGUUGAGAAGGUAAACUUUCCUUUGUUUGUGUGAUGUGUAUUUCUGGAAGCUUGAUUCUUCUGAAUUUGUGUGUGUGUAAGAAAAAUGACUGUUAACUCCACUGUACUCCACGAGAGUUGAAAUGAGGAGGAGCAGCAGGAAGUGGAGGAGACAGACGGAUACAUUACUAGAGCUGAGAGAAAGUGAAACAGAGUAACUGAGAGAACGUGUGGUGAGGAAGCUAGCCCACACUGAGGAGAGUAGGGGGUGAGUAAGAGUGUGUUGGCCAGCCCUGCCUCUGUCCCUCCUCCUCCCCCCUCCCUCCUUGCGUCAGCAGCAGUCAGCAGCAGUUAAAAUGUCGGCUGUGUAGCUCGUCCUCUGCUCUGCGUUUUCUCCCUCCUGGCCAUCUGUCUUUUCCUUCCAUAAGACGAAACCAGGGUCUUGAUUUUUUUCCUCUCUUUUCCGUCUUUAAUACCCGUGUCAUUCUUGCUUUUAUUUCUUUCCGUCCUUCCUGGGAUCAGUAUGAGGGCUACUUAUGUCUUCUCAAGGUUUCUUUCUACAGAACCAUUGCUUCUUGACGUUGUGGGACUCAACAGAUAGAGGCGUUUAAACCAUUGGUGGGGAAGAGCCUGUUGUCAUCUGUAACAGCGGUUGAGUUCUUGUUAGACAGACAGCUGGACUUCCUGUCUGACCACUCAGCCUAUCACCCAUACCAGGAUGAGGUGGACAGUCAGAGUCCAGUGUUAAGAGACAAUCCUCAGCUCCACGAAGAAGUCAAAGGCUGGCUCAAAGACCAGAAGGUUCAGGAAAUUUUUAUGCAAGGUCCAUAUUCUUUGAAUGGAUACCGAGUAAGAGUGUACAGACAAGACUCAGCCACCCAGUGGUUCACUGGCAUCAUUACACAUCACGAUCUCUUCAGUCGAAACAUGGUCGUUAUGAAUGACCAGGUGCUCGAACCACAGAACGUAGAUCCAUCCAUGAUCCAGAUGACAUUUUUGGAUGAUGUGGUUCACUCCCUGCUAAAAGGAGAAAACAUCGGUAUCACGUCCAGAAGAAGAUCUCGGUCCAGCCAGAACAACAACUCUGCCCAUAUCACGGGAGGAAGACCAGGCGGGACCACUGGCAACAAUCAGAGUCAUUACACACGAGCCCAAGCCAAUAGCCCCCGCCCCAUCAUGACAUCCUCUGGCCCUAACCCAAAGGGUUCUCAAGGAAUACUGGCCUCCCAGCAGCAAACCCUUUCACUGCAAAACCAGCAGUCCUCCAACCAUUCACCCAGUAACAGUGGGCGGGAACCGCGGGAGCAGCGCACAUCUCGCUCUUCCAGGAGGAAAGGAUCUGAUAGCAGUGUACCAGAGGAAGAGAAAGACUCCAGGAGAGAGGAUAACGUUGGGAGAGACCCUAAAUCAAAAGCAAAGCCAGCGGUCAGCAAACGCAGGAAAGGCGAGGAGGAUGAGAAGAAGGCUGCGCUUAAAAGACUGAAGACUGACAUGACGUCUGAUCUGUCAGAGAGCAGCGAUUCUGAAAAUCCUCAUAAGAGGACUGCACACUCAUCAUCUUCCUCCUCCUCUUCUUCAUCCUCCUCUUCCUCCUCCUCUUCUUCAUCCUCGUCCUCCUCUGAACCAAGCUCUGAGAAUGAGCUUAAAACACGGAGCAACAAUGUGAAAACAAGUGUCAUUUCUAAAAUGGACGAAGACGAAAAGCCAUCAAUGCCCUCCACCAAAAUCAACGACCCAUCUCCUCUCAUUGGUCGUCUGUCCCCAUGGGCUGAGCAACAAACAACAGAGGACAGCAAGAAGGGUGUUAAAGACACAAGCAAGGUGAUAUCAAAGGAAGAGGAGGAAUUGGUGGCAGUAACACAGAUAACUCAAUCUCCACGGCAACAGUUGCCACUGAUUUCUGAAACUCUAGCAGAGCCAAACAAGAACACUGUGAAAGCCUCUCCUCGCUCCCAAACUCCGUCAUUAUCACACCUUCACAGCAGCGGUGUGAUCGACAUUACAGAUGAUGCGCAGGCCACAGUGCACCGAGAAAGUUCUGAGGCAGUGUCUGCUCUGCUGGCUUCACAGAAUGCAGAAACCAUUGCCCUCUCACCUUACCUCCCACUUAACCCUUCCCCUGUUUCCUCACCUCCCGUUGUUCCAUCACCUUCACCCUCAGAAGGAGGUCGCAGGGCUGACAUCGAGCCUGCUGUGCAGCUGCAGCCUGGGAUUGUGGGUGUUGCAGCCAGGAGCAGCAAGAUAGAAUUUGCUCCAUCUGAAGUUAUAAGACCUGUUACCUCAGCAGCUGAGAGUGUGGUGGUGGAGAAGGGAAAAACAUCUCAUCCUUUUCAUCCACAGCAACAGAACCCCCAACCCAACUACACACCGGUCCAUCCAGGCAUUAAGAGCUCUUCCGAUGAGACAAGGAAAUCUCAACAGUCCCCGACCCGGAAAACGCACACUGCCCCACCCACUGACAAGUCCAAAAUGAGUCCGAGCUCCAACCCCAGUCCAUCACACCAUGACACCCACAAACCAAAAUCCCAGCACCUCAACAACAUGCAGAGCCAUCCCUACAGCCACACAAACCCAACUGACCUCAAAACGAAGCCCCAAGCAAACUUGCUGGACAUUUCUAAACCUAAACCCAACACCUCUCUUGAGGUAUCUAAACAUAAAGUACCACGAUAUUCUGAUUCCUCCCCACCACCCGCCAGUCGCCUGUCCACUAAAGUAGAAUCCACAGAGCCUCCACGUUCUGGUUUUAAGCCAGUGCCAGCGCGGUCAGAGUCGGGGGCUGGCUGCAGCAGUAGCAGCAGCAGCACCAAAAGCCCUUUGAUUAUUGAUAAGAAUGAGACUUUUACUGUUUACAGAGACCCAGCUCUGGUCCGCUCUGAUGUCAAGAAUUCGGUUUCUGCCACAGUCUCAUCCAACCACGUGGCAGCAUAUCUCCAUCCCCACUUGCACCCUCCUUACUCCCCCUCUCCUCAUUCUCCCUGUCUCACCCCUUCUUCGCAUCCUCAUGCUGCCUCCCACCUCCUUGCUCCUCCACACACCUCUGCCCUACCUCACCCACACCUUUUACCCCCUGGCGUUCUGCCAACAAUGUCUCCUCCGUCUCUGUUGGGGGGACACCCUCGUCUAGAGUCUCCUGGUGGUCUAGGCCACCUGGCUCUGCCUCACCCGACAUCUGCGCACCAGCAGCAGUUCCUUCAGGCUCACAGUGGAGCAGCAGGUCUCAGCUUGUACCCUAUCAUCUGGCCAUACCCCAACGGAACACCAGCAUCCUACCAACCAGGCCUCAACCUGCCCCCCACUUCUAAGUGGGUCCCACAUGAAAGUCCUGUUAACUCUGAAAACUCUCUGCGUCGGAACACCCCUAGUCCUUGGCUUCACCAGGGUGCCAGUGGUGCUGCUGACGGUCUGGGUCUGCUUUGUCAUGUUCCGGUCCGACCAGCAAGUGCAGACCCCCAUCGCCCCCCAGUCAAAAUCCACUCCCAUACGAGCCCCCCACUUUCGAAAACCAGUGAGAUUCAUAAAGAAGAUUUGGACAAAAAAGGUUUUGUGGAUCCAAUCAGAACGUUGACUUUGGCCCAGCUCAAACAGGAGCAGGUGGACAUUAAGAGCCCAAGUGGAAAAGACAUGCAUCUCCAUCGACUCUACAUGGACCCCCACAGCAAGGCACGGCUAACAAAUGCUCAUGAAGCUGCUCAGGCGAUGGAUAGAGCCAGUAAAUACAAGGAGGAGAACCGACAAAUUCUCAAGGAGAGCAUUGAGGUGGCUCCUUUUACUGCCAAGAUCCAACGCUCUAAUGAUCCUGGUAUGGACAGGGACAGAGAAAGAAAUCGUGAUCCUGCAUUUGCUGUCAGGAUACCGACCUUGGCAUCCCCUAGUCCUAAGUCAGCUCACCCACAUGUUAUCCAGUCAGAGAAGAGCAACUACUUCACUACUCUAUCCAACAGUGUUGUAAAUGAACCCCCAAGACUCUACCCCUCCAAGGAGCUUGGCAAUUAUUAUGACAAAAUUACUGCUGGAACCCCAGAGGUGGUGACUAGUGUUGGUUCAGUGGUACAAAGUCAAGGUACUCUGUCUCUGGGCAACUACAGCUCCAAGGUUUCUCUCUCAAAACCCCCUCCCCUCAUUAAGCACCAGCCAGAGGGAGGUGAAGGUUUAGCCGGGAAGAUAACUGAGCAGCUCAGCCAGCAAGCGGCACUGGUGCAACAGCAACAUCAGCACCAUACUGGGGUCGAUCGGAUUGAACGUCGCACCCCUGCAAUUUCGCCAUCCUCCUCCUCCUCUUCCUCUGCAGCCACCCACUACCACCACCAUCAGCAGCAACAGCAGCACCUCAGGACAAUGCCGUCUCUCCACCGAGCUCGUGUUUUCCAUCCGCCAACUCAACAUGCACUGGAACGCAAAGAGGCUGCGGAGCGUGAGAAGGAACGAGAAAGGGACAGGUCUAGUUAUGGUGGACGUCUUUCUCCACCCACUCUGACACCAAUCCAACCAGUUAGUUUGGCAGCAUCUGGGAGUAAAGCAUCGGUGGAGCAGCAAAAGCCUCCGACGCUUCUGCCAGAACUCAGGGAAGUCAAAGGCUAUGGAAAUGCUGGCGCAGCUGCUGCCUUUGUUGCCACAGCAGCCAGUGGCGAAACAGAUGGAUGGCGAGGUGGCGAUGUGUUUCAGGAACGUGGAGGCAUGUUUCUUUCCGAGAAAGGACAGCAAAGAGAAAAACCUCAGGCUGCAAUGGCGUCGGUCAUCGUACGCCCUUCUGCAUCUAUGAAGUAUGAUGGUCCAGGUGCUAACAAAACUGGUGCUAUGAUCUCUAAAGAACUGCCCCAGGGUAGGUUAUACUCCUCCAAGAUUCAGGGAGAAUGUGUCAGACUUGAAGAUGGUGUCAGAGAACAUGGAGCUAGUCGAGUUAUCCAACACAACUCAAACCUGGAUGAUAUGUGCCUCCAGUAUAAAAAGACUUUCAUGCGUGGCUUUCCGGGAGCUCAGCUUGCCAGUGCUACAGACAUUAUUUACAGGACUGCUGCUACAUCAGCAUUUGGCAUCCCCAAUCGAAGUGGGUCAAUAACUCCCGAGCUGGGCGAUUCCACGUCAGUUUGUGGGGAGGGCUCUACCCAAAAACUGUGUGGUCGUGUUGUAAGCCACUCAGGAACAGGGGACCAUCAGGAGGGGUUAGUGUCAUACAACCCACCUCCAGGAGACUCAAUUCCCCUUCAGAGUACACCUCACCCCAGUCCAAGUCUGACUCCGUCGAACUCCAUUGUAGGCUCAAGUCAGCUGUACUCGCCUUCUUUUGUUCACCUUAAGAAGCACAAAGCUGCCUUGGCAGCUGCUCAGUCCAAGAACAACGUCUGCUUAGUUCCAGCUUCCUCAUCAGGAAAUCCCUUGCUGUCUUUGGAUCCAGUUGACAAGAGUAACAGCUCUCCUCCCCGCUCCUCCUCCAGCCAGUCCUCGACAUCUUCUGCCGACAACAGUCGCUGCAGCUCAGCAAGUGGUAGAACUACUCCGGGAAAGUCCAGCCCACUGCCCAAUGGUCAGGCUUCCGGACCGACCCCAACCAACAAUGGUCAGCCUAAUAACUACCACAAACUGAAGAAGGCGUGGCUAACACGACACUCAGAGGAGGACCGGAGCACGAUAGCGUCGACUCUCUCUGCCACCACCAAACCAGAAAAACUUACAAGCACCAGCAGCUGCAGUAGCGGCAACACAGCCAACACUACAUCCAUGUCCGAGAUGAUCAAACCCUGUACAGUCAAUCUAAGCGCCUCAACAUCUGGCGAAGUAGAGCUCAGCAAGGACACUGGAAACAAGGGAGAUCGUGAGAGGCAGCUGGAGGAGAAGACAGGAGGGACAACUGCAGGCGAGGAACGCAAAGCCACUCCUUCAUUGAGGCGAGGAAGCAAGCGUACAUACGAUUCUGCUUCAGAGAGUGGUGGAGAUGACUCUGACGCUAGUGAAAGCAAAAUGGAGGGCAGAGCCAAGCGUCAGCCUAAACCAACCUACAAGAAGAAGCAAAACGACAUGGCUAAGAGGAAAGGAGAAAAUGAAAAGGAGGAAGAUGACGUGAAGCCCAAUGGGAUCUUCAGAUCUGCCCGAGAGAAAACCAAACUAAAGCUGGCCAGCAGCAAUGGGAUUCCUCGUUCUGUCCUGAAAGACUGGAGAAAGGUGAAGAAGCUCAAACAGACUGGCGAGUGUUUUCUGCAAGACGAUUCAUGUUCGGAAAUCGGACCCAACUUGCAGAAGUGUAGAGAGUGUCGGCUUAUUCGUAGCAGGAAGAGCGAGGAGCCCACCCAUUCCCCCGUCUUCUGUCGCUUCUACUAUUUCAGACGCCUCUCUUACAGCAAGAAUGGAGUGAUCCGCAUGGAUGGCUUCUCCACCCCUGACCAGUUUGAUGACGAGGCUCUGGCCAUGUGGGUCCCUGGAGUGAUGGAAGAGAGUCAGCUGGACCAAACAACAGCCAAAUACAUCCUUAGCUUCAUUGGAGACAAGUUCUGUCAGAUGGUUGUUCUGGAGAACACAGCAGCCUCCUGGGUCAAGAAAGACGCUAAGCUGGUGUGGAAGCGAGCGGUCAGAGGUGUCAGGGAGAUGUGUGAUGCCUGUGAGGCCACGCUCUUCAACGUCCACUGGGUUUGUCAAAAAUGUGGCUUUGUUGUGUGUCUGGACUGUUACAAGGCCAAGGACAGAAAAAACCCGAAAUCUGAUAAAGAACUCUACACCUGGCUGAAGUGUGUCAAGGGCCAACCACAUGAUCACAAGCACCUGAUGCCCACACAGAUCAUACCUGGAACAGUGUUGGCUGAUUUGGUGUCGUCGAUGCAUGCACAGCGAGAAAAACACAACAUCAAGUCUAACUGCCCCUGCACCAACAAGCAAAAUCUCCUCAGCAAACUUCCGACAACCAAUGGAGUCUCGCAGGUCCUGCAGAAUGUCCUGAACCACAGCAACAAGCUUACACUGGUCAAGUCGGAGUCGGGCUCUCACCAGCAGCACUCUGAUCAAGGUGCCAAAGUGGAAACCAAUGGUGGAGGAAGCAGUCCAGGCAGUGACGGCGGCAGCGCUUCCGUCACACCACCCGAGUCCCAGUCUCCUCUGCACUUCUUAGCUGACUUGGCCGAGCAGAAAUCUAGGGAAGAGAAGAAAGAAAACAAGUCGGUGUUGCUGAGUAAACCAUUGAAGGAGGACAAAGAGGGGGAGAGUCUGGAGGUCCUGCAGCAGUGUAAAACCACAUCAAUGGUGGCUAACAGUACAGAGCAGGGCUCCACACUCAGAGACCUGCUCACCACUACUGCUGGGAAGCUGAAGCUUGGCUCCACUGACGCAGGAAUCGCCUUUGCACCGGUCUACUCCACCGCCUCUCAGACGGGGAAAGGUGGCCGAACGAUGCCAAACAUCCUGGAUGACAUAAUAGCGUCAGUGGUUGAGAAUAAGAUCCCGGCAAGCCGGCAGAAUAUCACCAAGCUGUCAAUUAAGCAGGAGGCCAUCCUGCCUGGAAACAACAAGAACCAGGUCCCCACGAUAACUGAUGACGUCAAAGCUGACAAGAAGAAGCUGGUGCAAGUUUUUGCUGUGCCGCUAGAGGAGUCAACUAAUCAGCAUUCAGAUAUCCCUCACUGCUGGUUGAACAACAGACGCUUGUUGUGGCUGAAGGACCACCGGAACCAGAACAACUGGAAGCUGUUCAGAGAGUGCUGGAGACAGGGACAGCCUGUGCUGGUGUCCGGCAUCCACAAACAACUGAAUGUUAACCUGUGGAAAGCCGACUCCUUCAACCAGGAGUUUGCUGACCAUCAGGGAGACCUCCUGAACUGUAAAGACCAGGUGGUCACCAACUCUGGUAUCAAGGAGUUCUGGGACGGUUUUGAAGACAUCACCAAGAGACUGAAAUCGAAGGAUGGAGAGCCGAUGGUCUACAGGCUGAAGGACUGGCCCUCAGGAGAGGAGUUCAUGGCGCUCAUGCCAUCGAGAUAUGAUGACUUGAUGAAGAACCUCCCCCUGCCCGAGUACUCUGACCCUGAAGGAAAUCUCAACCUGGCCUCUCACCUGCCGUCGUUCUUCGUCAGGCCAGAUUUAGGGCCGCGACUCUGCUGUGCUUAUGGCAUUGCUGCUUCUCAGGACCAGGACUUCGGGACUGCAAACCUCCACGUGGAAGUUUCAGAUGUGGUCUCUGUUCUGGUUUAUGUUGGCGUGGCAAAGGGCAAUGGAGUUCUCUCCAAAACUGGAGUGUUGAAGCGCCUGGAGGAGGAAGAUCUAGAUGAAGGUGUUCGGAAAAGACUCAAGGACUCCAGCGAGACACCGGGGGCGCUGUGGCACAUCUACCUCAACAAAGACAUGGACAAAGUGCGAGACUUUCUGCACAAGCUCUGUAAGGAACAGGGGCUGAACGUGUCCCUGGACCAGGACCCAAUCAGAGAGCAGGGCUGGUACCUGAGCAGGAAGCAGCGUCAGCGCCUGAUGGACGAGCAUGGAGUUCAGGGAUGGACUGUAGUUCAAUUCCUGGGAGAUUCUGUCUUGAUACCAGCAGGGGCCAUGCACCAGGUCCAGAACCUCCACAGCUGCGUUCAGGUCAUCAAUGACUUUGUGUCUCCUGAACAUGUGGUCAACUCCUUCCACCUGACACAGGAGCUCCGCUCGAGCAAGGAAGAAGUCAACUACGAGGACAAGCUGCAGGUGAAGAACAUCCUCUACCACUGUGUGAAGGAGGCAGUGAGCUCUCUGAAGAGGACUGCUGAGGAGGAGGAGGCAGAAGAGAACUCAUGACGACCCCUCCACCUCAACCAACCCCCCCAUCAGUCCCGAUGGUAUCUGCCCAACCUUCAGUGCCAAGAGGAGACGGCGAUGAGGGGGGUCAGACUCGAUCUUAUACUCCACCACCUUCGCCUCAUGACAGGCGGAAGCCUCCUGGGUUGAUCGGAGCCUUACAAAAGCCACUAACUGAAGUUUUAGUGACUUUUCCAGCUGAAUGUCCUGGAAAAUCUGGACCACAGGUUGACAUUAUGCGAACAUUGGUGCCCCCUGGUGCUCGCCAGUCUCCUGUGGUCUCCACACAAAGCAAGCUUUCUUCCUCUUUGAGGCAGCAAUUCCUCACUCACCCCUGUAACGACACUCUGCUGAUCCAGCAGCAUCACCAGCAGCAUCAGGAUCUAAAAUAUCCAGAAGAAAAAAAAGGGGUCAAAAAAAUGCAAAACAAAAAUCUCAGGCGGAGAGAGCUUGGCUCUUCCUCGUCUGUUCCUUCUGUCUGUUCUUGUCCUUCUGUUGUUGUUCCGUCUGUUGCAGUUUUGCUCUUCGAUUUUUUUUUUUGCCUUGCAAAUGUUUGAUUUCCCCUGUGAAGAUGUAUUUAUUUUCUUGCUCGAUGAUAAUGUGAUACCAGAUAAGCAUUCAUGUAAAUGUGACCUGUACAGUUGUUUUUUGUUUUUGUUUUUUGUUUUUUUUAUUUUAAUUUGCUCUGUGAUUAUCAGUUGUAAUACGGCUCUACUGUGAUUGAGGACAAAAACACACAUGCGCACACAAGACUAACACACGUACACAAACUAUAAUGCCUGUAACUUUGGGAAACGUUGAAUUUAAAAGUCCUCAUGCCAUAAAUCCACUUUUUUUGAAGACAACUGCCAAACUCUUGUAAAGACCAUGUAAAAGUUGUAUUGUGUAUAUGCUUAUAUUCUUCAGCAUUUUAUGAAAUACAAGUAUUCACUGUAAAAUUCAGACAUUUACAAAAAAGAUGUAAUUUAUUUAAGAAAAGAAUGAAUUGUCUUGUUUUUUGUUUUGUUAAGAUUUACAAUGUUGAACUUUUGAAGAUAAACGAGAUAAAGUAAUAAGAAAAAGUAUAACAUGUAAAUAUAUACAUUCACUAAGGUAUUUUUUUAAAAACAUGGCUUGCUUCAAUUUCAAAUUUUAAAGUGCAAGUGUUACAUGCUUUGUACAUUGAAGUUCAAAAGGGUUUUACAUUUUCCAUUAAAA